AUGUCGAACCCCCUACCGUCCAUCCCGCCCGUCCGUCCGGUGGCCGUGCCCGUCAGCGCUCCCUCCAGCACUUGGGAUCGCAUUACGUCUUGGGCUUCCGAGAACAAGGCUGUCGUCUACACAAUUGCCGGCGUCGCCGUUGUCGUGACCGGUGCCGGUGCUGUAUACUAUCUCAACUCGGAAUCUAAACCAAAGACCGACGGAGCUCCCAAGCUCAGCAAAAAGGAGCGUCGCAAGCGCAAGGAAGCCGAACGCAAAGCCACCGAGACCAAUUCCGCCCCUUCCUCAUCCCAGCCCAAGGUCCCCACAGUCCAGGUCGAGGAUGAGCUCCCCGAGGUCGACGAAACCAUUGUCCAGACCCUCACCCAGCAGCAGCGCGAAGAGUACGCUGCCAAGCUCAAGCAGGCCGGUAACAAAGCUUACGGCGAUAAGGCGUACAACAAGGCCAUCGAGCUAUACACCAAAGCCAUUCUAUGCAAGCCCGAUCCCGUCUUCUACUCCAAUCGCGCUGCCUGCCACAGCGCCAUGAGCGAAUGGGACACCGUCAUCGACGACACCACCGCCGCCAUCGCCAUGGACCCCGACUACGUAAAGGCCAUCAACCGCCGCGCCACCGCCUACGAGCACAAGAAGAUGUACCCCGAGGCCCUCCUCGACUUUACCGCCUCGUGCAUCAUUGAUAACUUCAAGAGCGAUUCCACCGCGCAGGCCGUCGAGCGUCUUCUCAAGACAUUUGCCGAAGUCAAGGCCAAGGAGAUGAUGGCUUCCCGCACUGCUAAGCUCCCCAGCCCCAUCUUCGUCGGCAACUACCUCCAAAGCUUCCGCUCCAAGCCUCGCCCCGCCGGUCUUGAGGACUCUGUCGAGCUGUCCCUCGAAACUGGUCUCGGCCAGCUGCAGCAUGGUCUCCAGGGUCUCGACAAGCGCACCUCGGCAGGAUAUGAGCAGGCUCGUCUUGCUUUCGAAAAGGCCCUCGAGCUUGCUGACCUCGGCGACCACGAGGCUCUCGCCUAUAACUGCCGCGGGACCAUGCGCACCCUGCUUGGUGACCACGCUGCCGCCACUAGCGACUUGAACAAGAGCAUCGAGCUCGACCCUACCAUGACCCAGAGCUAUAUCAAGAACGCCAGCAUCAGCCUUGAGCUCGGCGACGCCGCCCAGGCAGACAACCAAUUUGCCGAAGCCCUCAAGUUCGGACCCAACGAUCCCGACGUCUUCUACCACCGCGCGCAGGCCAACUUUAUCCGGGGCGACCUGUCCGAGGCCCAGAAGGAUUACCAGAAGUCCAUCGAUCUGGACAAGGACUUCAUCUUCUCCCACAUUCAGCUUGGUGUGACACAGUACAAGAUGGGCUCCAUCGCCUCGUCCAUGGCUACCUUCCGCCGCUGCAUCAAGAACUUCCCCAAGGUUCCCGAUGUGUAUAACUACUACGGCGAGCUGCUGCUCGACCAGGGCAACUACUCCGAAGCCGUCGAGAAGUUUGACACUGCCGUGGAGAUGGAGAAGCAGACGAAGCCCAUGUCCAUGAACGUGCUGCCCCUGAUCAACAAGGCGCUCGCCCUUUUCCAGUGGAAGCAGGACUUCAAGGAGGCCGAGAACCUGUGCGAAAAGGCCCUCAUUAUCGACCCCGAGUGCGACAUUGCCGUGGCCACCAUGGCUCAGCUUCUCCUACAACAGAACCAGGUCGCCAAGGCUCUGAAGUACUUUGAGCGCGCCGCCGAGCUUGCCCGCACCGAGGGCGAGAUCGUCAACGCCCUGUCCUACGCCGAGGCCACGAGAACACAGGUCAAGGUGACCGAAAAGUACCCGCAGCUGGCAGCCAAGCUUGCUGCGUCGGCAGCGGGCGCCGGCGGCCUUCGCAUGGGCGCUUAG